AUGAACUCGGGGGGGGUGGCGGCCAUAGCCGCUACGUCGUCGUGGCCGCCGCCACCGCCGCUACGCUGUGUACUACGUUCUCCGCUAGUGUUAUCGCUACCACCACCAUCACCAUCACCACCACCACCGCGCUACUACCCUCAUUCUACUAGGCCACUACUACCACUUUUACACAUCGCCACCGCCAUCGCCACCACCACCACUACCACCACCAUCAUCACCAUCACUACUACUACCACCACCACCACCAUCGCCACCACCCCCACACCCGGUACUGCCGCCCUCGGUGCACCAACGUCGGUUACGUGUCCUACCACAAACCAGGUACCGGCACCGGCAUCGCCACCGUCGGCCGCGGCGUGCCGAGCAUCGCGUUCCUGGCGUUCUUACGCGAGAAGCCUCGGAUAG